AUGGAGCUAGGAAAGGCAAAGCUUCUGAGAACUGGCCUUAAUGCCUUAUACCAAGCAAUUCACCCUGUGCAUGGUAUUGCCUGGACGGAUGGGAAGCAGGUGAUCCUGACUGCUUUACACCUUCAUAACGGAGAACCGAAAUUUGGGGACUCGAGUGUUGUCGGUCAGUUCGAACAUGUCCACGGGCUCUACUGGGGCCCGUGCCCCCCUGAUGCCCCGGCUCUGCUCGCUGUUCAGCACAAGAAGCACAUCACCAUUUGGCAGCUCUGUUUUAACGUCACGGAAAGAAAUAAGCUCUUAGUUUCUCAGAUAUGCGACAUCAGCGAGCCGUUCCCCGUGCUCCCCCAAGGCUGCGUGUGGCACCCCAAGAAGGAGAUCUUGGCCGUGCUGACCACCCGGGAUGCCUCGGUCUUACACUCUGUUCAUCUCAACAACUCCAGGAUUAAAGCCGAUAUUAAAGGCAGCGGUCUCAUCCACUGCGCCUGUUGGACGAAGGAAGGCAGUCGCUUAGUGGUGGGGGUGGGCAGUGCCCUUCAUUCUUACAUUUGGGAUGAUGCUCAGAAAACGCUGAAUGCUUGUUCUUUUUGCCCGGUCUUUGAUGUGGGAGGCUACAUCUGCGCUGUGGAAGCUACGCUGAGUUUCCAAGUGGCUGUUGCCACCGAGCUUCCUCUAGACAAGAUCUGUGGCUUAAAUGCUGGUGCUGCAUUUGAAGUUCCUUCGAGCGUUGAAACAGAGUCCUUCCCCUCGCAGUCCAGCUUGUGCGGGGAGGAGGAGUAUUCCAUGGAUGGGGGGAAGAGGUCGCUGGACUGUGAGAAGCCCUUGUCUGUUGUGACAUCUCCCGUGGAUCUAACUCACAUACUUUCUAGCAAGCAAGGUGCUGAUUCCAGUCCUCUUCUUCAUCUGAGGCCCAAGGACUACCUAACGGGAAGUGGCCAAGAUUCUUCGCAUCUCAUCUUGGUGACUUUUGAGAGAAAGGUCACCUCUACCAAAAAAGUUAGCAUCCCGGGCAUUCUGGUCCCUGAUAUAAUGGCUUUUGACCCCAAAACUCAAACUGUGUCGGUUGCCUCCAAUACUUGUAACGUUAUUUUAGUCUAUUCGCUGACUUCAUCCACUUUACCCAAUAUUCAACAAAUUCAGCUAGAGAAAAAUGAGAAACCAAAGGGUUUGUGCUUCUUGACCAAUAAAUUGUUACUGAUAUUGGUUGGAAGACAAAAAUUCAGUGACCCUGCAUUUCUUCCCUCUUCAAGGUCAGACAAGUACAUGAUCCGGUUGAUGAUUAAGGAACUCGUAUUUGAAGUGGGUCCUUCAACAUCUGGCUCAGUUAAUGGGAGCUCCCAUUUGAACCUUUCACACGUACCUCAUGAUCUUGCUGCAGACGUUCACCCUCUCAGCCGUGGACUCUUGAUACCGGAUCGUGCUGCCAUGCAGUCCCCUACCAGCAGAAGGAAACUCAUUGAAGAAAUUAAGAGUCCUGUUUAUGAGCAAAGCUUGUUGAACAUGAGUGACCUCAAAGAUAAAAAGGUUUCCAUUCAUUUUCCUCCAGUUGUUGAGCCUCUCGAUGCCGAACCAGUUAAUCGGACUGUGGCACUGUCUGCCGCGUCGCUGGCCUUUCCUAACAAGCCAACAUCUCCAAAAAGGCAGGCGGAUGCAGCUUCCAAAAUACCAAAUUCUUACAAGAAUAACCUAUUAAGUGAAAAGGAGGCAAGUUACUUUUCAAAAAACGUGGAAAAACUGUCUGGUAACUUCACAGAAUUACAGCAUCAUCUCUGUGAAUUAACUGAGCUGCUAAAAUCUGGGAAGAGAAAUCUUCCAGCGUACCCAUCUUCACAGGAGCCCUCUUUUAUUCACAUCACCUGCCAGAAGCAGCUUUCCAGGAGCGAUGCAGAUGAAAGACGAGCUGUUAUUCUCUGUGGUGGUAAACUCCGUCUCAAUAUAGUCCAGCAGCUAUUCAGUCUCUCUCUUGUAGAGAUGCAGCACGGUUCAUCUUGGAUUGUUCUCACAGCGGACAGCGAGGGCUUUGUUCCGCUGACGUUUACGUCCCUGCAGGAGGUGGUCGUACGAGAUGCCAGUGCGAAAGGCUACAGCGCCCGUUCUUCCAAAACUUUGGACAUCAUCAGCUCUACAGAAGGGUGUAGGCCCGCUUCUUCUGAAAGCCUGGACAUCACAAGUUCUUUGGAAGUCCUCAGAGACUGCUCCUCCAAGGCUUUAGACAGCAGCAGUGCUUCCGAACAACCCAGCAGUAAAAUGUGA